AUGCAGAAUAUCAUACCAAUAAAACCAUGGCUUUUCAAUCUGCGCUCAUCCAAACAACUGAUCGGCCUUGCUGUCUUCUCGACCACGUUUACUGAUGGGUUCCUUUACGGGAUCAUCGUAUCCGUCCUUCCUUUCUCUCUAACCGUUCGGUCUGGAGUACCAGAGGCUGACGUCCCAUUUUGGACAUCCACCUCUUUAGCCGUCUUCGGACUUGCAAUGGUCCUCGGCGCCCCGGUGGCAGGCUGGAUUGUCGGAAAAUGCGAAAGACGCCAAAUCCCAUUCCUAGGAGGCCUCACUUGUGCAUUCGGUGCCACCCUCUCAUUCAUGCUUGGAGUCGAGCCGUGGAUGAUCAUCGUGGCAAGGAUUUUCCAGGGUCUAUCUGCGAGCGUUGUCUAUACUGCCGGCUUAACGCUGUUGGUUGAUACGAUCGAGUCGCACGAGCUGGGACCCUGGAUUGGCUUCGGACUCUCUGGCAUGAAUCUUGGCGUGCUCGUAUCACCCACGCUCGGAGGGAUCAUGUAUGAGAAAGCAGGGUUCUAUCCUGUCUUCAUCAUGGGCCUCGGCGUUGUCUUCGUCAAUUUGAUUUUGAUUCUGUUCAUGAUCGACAGAAAGACUGCUGAAAAGUAUAGAGGGCAGAAUGGUUCGACUAGACCUCCUCCCCUCCUUAAUGAAAACUUGAACAAAAGUGCUAUUUCAAAGGGAAAACAGCGACUAUCGACUGUUGAAGAUUGGGAUCCAACCAUCACAACACCGCUCCUCUCACAUUGCUGCGAUACCUCUUCUGCGGUUUCAAAUGAUCCUUCUUGGUGGACUAUUGUCGGAGGCUUUCUUCGAAAUCAUCGCAUACUUGCUGCAUUAUAUGGAUGCCUAAUCAACAUGAUCUUGGUGAGCGCCAUGGACGCCGUCCUCCCGACUUUUAUCAAGCAGAAUUUUCACUGGUUUUCUGGUGCUACAGGCGCCAUGUUUUUAAACAUAACCAUUCCAUCAUUCCUUGGUCCAUUUGUUGGAAUGAUCUCAGACAAAUAUGGUGUUCGAUUGGUCUCUACUGUCGGUUUUACGUUCGGGGCUGUAGCAGUCGCUCUCCUCGCUCUGAUACGACACGACGAUACUACAAAUAAGGUAAUGGCUUGCAUACUAUUAGCUUGUGUUGGGAUAGGGCUUAAUACGUCGCUAACCCCGUUGGUUACGGAGAUACCUCGCAUCGUGAAUGUUCUUCAAGAGGAACAGCCUGAUAUAUAUGGCGAUAAGAGUGCGGUCACUGAGGCUUAUAUGCUCCUUGAUGCAGCCUUUGGUGCCGGCACUGUGCUCGGUCCAUUGCUUUCAGAGCUCGCGUAUAAGACUAUGGGAUGGACUGGAUGCACCGCCAUGCUGGCGUUUCUGACUGUGUCAGCCAUAGUUCCAGUGGUGGUCCAUUUGGCACCGAAUCCGAAAGGCCCGUGA